AUGAACGACACACAUGAUCGCACGUGCAGUUUUAGGACUUACAGAGUGAUGCUAUUAGUCACAGUGCAGAGGGUCUGCAUCUCGCAGGCGCACCAUGGAUCUACGCGGAUGUUCAAGGAGGCGGGACACGAUGUUGUGGAUGAUCGUGUGCUAUCCAGAGGGUACUACUGGGAGGCGCGGCAAGAGCAUCCAGGAGGAAGCAAGAUCAUAGUGUCCUCAAGCGUAGUACGACUGCAUACAUCCAAGCUCAAAGGCCACCCCCGGCCACCAGCUGACUUGCGCGUGUACGAGUGUGCCGCCAGUCAAUCAUACCAGCGCUUGAUCAUGCGACAAUUUAACCCAGCGCCUUACUACGAGGACUCGCAGUUUGUUUUCGGUGCAACAGGUGCUGAAUCUGCAUAUACCACGUCUGCAGAGGCAUCGUCAUCUGCUGCCGAAGGUGGCUGCAGUACACCACCAACGGAAUACACUCCUGAACUUGAGACUUCGGAGCUUCCAUACUUCGCCAUAGAUCCUACACUCCUCGACGAUGUGCAUGAUCCUACGUCGAAGAAGCGCAAGCUUGAUUCACUUAGCUCGGAGCUGGAGGAUCAUGAUGCAAACAUGCCCACAUUUACGGGUACUCAUGGACGUGCGGGGCACCCUCCAACUCGACGUUUCCAGUCCCCAUUCCUUCCAGCAUCCAAGAAGAUUUGUACAUCAAAUCAAAAGACUUCAAAGAUUCCGAUUCCCUCGAGAUUAAAAGUCUCCACUGAAAUUGCUGCACCAAUUCGUUCCUCUGUGCCGUCGUCAAUUCGUUCUUCUGCGCUGUCAUCAAUUCAUUCCUCUGUGCCAUCAUCAAUUCAUUCUUCUGCGCUGUCAUCAAUUCAUUCCUCUGUGCCGUCGUCAAUUCGUUCUUCUGCGCCGUCAUCAAUUCGUUCUACUGCACCAUCGUCGAUUCGUCCAACUGCACCUUUGCGAUCCAAUCUGCCAGGAUGUCUCUCAACUGUAGUACCACGGUCAACGCAUCCUCCUCAGUCUAUUCCACAGCCCUCUCAUGGUGCCAUCACAUCCAAGAAACAGGCCAUGUCUGAGCCCCAGGCUUCUUUGACUCCCACUUGCUCGUUUCUUGUCCAUAAGCCCAUUGUUAGCCGGUCACGUCCAAAACCAAAACCAGUCGUAAAUACCAUGCAGCCACUCGCAUUCUCCAAAAACACGGUCACAUUAUCUAGCCGCUCCAAGCUGCCACCAGUGAGAGACAUCCCUCCUGUCCCACAAGAUGAUAGCGACGAUGUGGAACUUAACUCUGGGCUCCUAACGCGCAAGUCUAUUGGAGGAAGCAGCAAAGAUAAAGUAUCAGCUCACUCUCGCUCCCAGUUGGAAUCCGGCCGACAGCAUAGCAUGCUUCAGACCAUGCAAGGCGAAAUACUCCAGCUCCGCAAAGAACAGUCUCGAAUUUCCCAAGAUCAUAGCGCGGUUACAAAUCGAAUCGAUAUGCAAGUCGAGGCUAUCAUCCUCCGUCUCGAGGCACUCGAGGUAUUGCAGAAAAUGAUGGGUAUCGAGACCAAUGAAGCCCUGCCAGCACCAGUUGAUAAUACGAAUGAAUUUUGGGCCGACAUUGAUGAACUCACCAUCGACAAUGAGAUCUCAUCAACGAAAGUUUUACGACCGAAGUGGGAAUUGUCGUGGACAGGGAAUGCGAAGUGGCACGGAGCUUAUGUUGAACGCUUUCGUCGUGAUGCGUGCACAUACGAGCCUACACUGUCUCAAGAUACCGUCGACAAACUUCCUAGCAAGACUCUCAAGUCUCUGACGGGCAAGGUGUUCAAGAACAUGAAGCAGAAGUAUAAGGAGGCGGAAAAGCCAAUCAGUGUUCAGUCGCUCAAUGUCCAAAGUGCCAGACGUGAGAAACGACACUUAGAUAAAGCAGCACUAGCAUCUGCUGUCCGUCCCGACUUCCCACCACUGGCAGGCGAGGAAUACGACUUCAUUUUUGCAGCGAAGUGGCAAUCAACCGAUUACAGCGGCUCAGAUGCCUCUGACGACAUCAAUUCGAGUGAUGACGAAGCUGUCUCAGCUCCUCAAUCCGCGCCGAAAAGCAUACAAGAAGAAGAAGAAGACGACAAUCUUAAUGACGUGCCCACCUGUAUGGCGGUCGAAGGAUGUGACUCCAGGAGGGCCAUUAAAGAGAUAAGAGGUGCGGUAGAUGAAGAUGUGGAAAAAAAAGAAGCUCAGAAGAAGCACUGGAUGAAAAAACGGAUUCCUCGAGUGCAAGGCCCACCGAGGAUGGCGAAAUCGUUGCCGGUUCAUGAUUCGAUGAAGACCCCACGAUGGGCCGUCUCCACAAAGUGGCUUCACUCCCUUUCUCUAGAGGAGCGUAACGAGCAAGAGGCUCUAAUGACUGAGGACCAUGUCAUUGGUGAUAGCGAGAGUUCCACAGAUCCCAACAUCGACGACUCGGAGCAAGAAGAAAUUAAUUAUGAUUCAGUGUAA